AUGAAGACCACGCAGCUGCUCCUCCUUCCGAUCCUUUUGACUCGGGUCAGCUCCCAGUGCCUGUCGGAGGACGAUGCCCUGGCCCCUCCGCCUCACCCGAGUCUCAGCCAGGUCGCGCCCUUCAGCCUCGACCUCUUCGGGAAGGUUCUCCCUCCGUCGGGGAACUUUCUCUUCUCGCCCUUCAGCGUCUGGAGCGCCCUCGUCCUCGCCUACUUCGGCUCCCGAGGCGACACGAAGGCCCAGAUGGAGCGCGUCCUCCGACUCCCCGCCAAGGAGGAGACCCUCGCCCUCUACAGAGCUCUGAAGCAGAUUUAUGCCCCGUCGGCCGAUGGUCAAAAACACACAAUGCUCUCAUCGAACAGAAUUUACAUCGAUACCUCUUUGCCCGUUCGACGCUGCGUGCAACAGGUCCUUCCUGACGAAGUGAAGACCUUAAACUUCGCUCAGCCCGACCUCGCCGCCGCAACCAUCAACCACUUCGUCAACGCCUCAACGCAAGGCAAGAUACCGCGCCUCGUGACCACGGCAGACGUGACACUUGCCCGCCUGGCCUUCGUCAACGCCGUCUACUUCAAGGGCUUCUGGGAGACACCUUUUGCGGCCGAGAACACGCGACGAGAGGAAUUCUUCUUGUCCCCAAAACGCCGUGCUUACGUCGACAUGAUGGAACAAACCGACAAUUUCAAAAACGGCGCGUCGGAGGAGCUGGACGCCGACGUGGUGGAGCUGCCGUACCGCGGGGGCGCCGCGUCGAUGGUCGUGCUCCUCCCGCGGGACAGAGGGACCGGAGGCGAGCUCGACCGGAUGCUCCAGCGCCUCACGCCCGCCGCCCUCGCCUCCGCCGUCGGGAACUUGGCUCGUAAUAAAGUUUUGCUGAAGUUCCCCAAGUUCAAGCUUGAGAGUAGUCUUCGAAAUGAACUCAUAGAGGCUCUGACCCACCUCGGCCUCCGCGACCUCUUCUCCCCGGCGGCAGACCUGACGGCCUUCUCUCCUUCAGGAGGUCUGAUGAUCACCCACGCCGUGCACAAGGCGGUGAUCGAAGUGGACGAGAAAGGCACCGAAGCAGCAGCAGCGACGGUUUUCUUAAGCAAGCAAAGUGGGACUUACUUCACGUGCAACCGCCCCUUCCUCUUCUUCAUUCGCGACAAUGCAGUCAACAGCAUCCUCUUUCUCGGAGUCUAUAGGGAACCGUAGAAGAAAUGCUGUCCUGGGGAGGCUGCGCAUAAGAAGGUUUGUUUUAGUCCAAGCGGAUAAUGUCUUAAUUAUCAUAAACAGGGUGUCUGAGAGUGAUUGUUUAAUUGUUUUUUUGCUUGUUUGUUUGUUUUUGAUUUAAUGGACCUUGGUAUUAUUUUGAAGAAUAUCACUAAGGACGUUUCUUUUUCCUCUGUGUCAAUUCCCAAGGAGUUUAAUAUCAUAAUCACUUCAUACUGUCAUUUGGAAGAAUAAUAUCGCAGAUGAAUUGUAUCCCGCCGAGAGUAUUAUAUCGUAUGACUGAUACAUUUUGUUUUAUAGAACAUUAUUGUCAAAUGGCAUUUACGCUGCACUAGGAAAAAAUCUGUUAUACAAUAAGAUUUCA